CAAAAGUCAAAUGCGUCAAAAACACAAAUACAGAUGUUUACAGCCGUGUAUACGACACCAAUUAAAUUAUAAACUAUCAGACCAUGCGUCUGUUGAGUGACGUUUUAUAUGAAACAUUCCGUCCCGAAAUUGCUUUUUCGUUAUAAUGAAUGAAUUCAAAUCCCAGACUUACCAGUAAGACAAAGCAGGCUCUAAAAUAAAGUUUGUAUUUAUGUAAUGAAUGAAAAAAAAAUUGAUUACUUUUUCCGUGUGGAAAGGAGGGAUAACAUCUCAGUUUUGAGAAAUGAGCGAUUCACUGGAGGCGGGAAUGACGAAAUACACACUAGAAUGGACGCUAGGUACGAGGAGUGAAUGUUAUAUGAGAGAUCAACGGGAUACGCAAUGUAUUAAUAGAGGAGCGGCACACCUUCCAGGCCGGUCAAUUGAUAGGACAACUAUCACACGGCGCGUUCUAAUAAAUCAAUCAUAUUCUUGUAGACAGCGAUCUAAAAUCCAUUAUCCUUGUAAAAAUAUAUAAAUACAAACAGUAGCAUCGUAAAAAUUUAGUGCAUAUCAAAAAACCGAGACAGGUAUUUUUGACGGUUCGAAAUAUCGACUGUCACAUUGUUUUGACGUUCGAAAAAGAUAAACUUGAGUGACAAAUGGGUGACGGUUAUUACGGUGGUGGUUAUCAGCCACACGAAGGAGGUUACGGAAGUUACGCGGGAGCAUCGGAACCGGGUCUCGAUGUUUUUAUUAAAAAAUGUGUUGAGGUUAAACGCACAUUGCCAUCUCUUUUUGCAAUUAAAGUGUUGGGUGAAAAAGGAUCGGGCAUAAGAUCAAGAGGUGACGUACAGGACUUUGCACAAUUGAGGCAACAAUGUCUCGAGUCUGGACAAUUAUUCGAGGAUCCAGAAUUUCCUGCAAACGAUUCAUCCCUCUUUUAUUCAAGGCGUCCCGACAGAUACAUCGAAUGGAAACGCCCGAUGGAAAUAGCUGACAAUCCUCAACUAUUCAUCGAAGGAUUUUCACGUUUCGAUGUCCAGCAGGGAGAACUCGGUGACUGCUGGCUACUUGCAGCAUUAGCAAAUCUCACUCUACAUCCAAACCUCUUCACGAAUAUCGUACCGGAAGAUCAGAGCUUCGACGAUGAGUACGCAGGGAUUUUUCACUUCCGGUUUUGGCAAUACGGAAGAUGGGUCGAUGUUGUCGUAGACGAUCGUCUUCCUACUUACCACGGGCAAUUACUGUACCUCCGUUCAGCGGAACCGAAUGAAUUCUGGAGCGCUUUGCUUGAGAAAGCAUAUGCCAAAUUGCACGGUUCAUACGAGGCAUUGAAAGGUGGUACAACUUGCGAAGCAAUGGAAGAUUUUACCGGAGGUGUUACAGAAAUGUACGAAAUGGAAGAAACCCCGCCAAAUUUAUUCAGUAUCUUGCUCAAAGCGUAUGAAAGGAAUUCCCUGAUGGGCUGCUCACUUGAGCCUGACCCAAAUGUACUGGAAGCUGAAACCCCACAAGGUCUCAUCAGAGGUCACGCUUACAGUAUAACGCGCGUCAAAUAUGUCGACAUUGCGACGCCAAAUCAAGCGGGAAAAAUUCCUCUUCUGAGGCUCAGAAAUCCAUGGGGAAACGAAGCCGAAUGGAACGGACCUUGGAGCGAUCAGUCACCCGAGUGGAGAUUCAUUCCGGAUCAUGAGAAGGACGAGCUCGGCCUGACGUUCGACAUCGACGGUGAAUUUUGGAUGUCCUUCCAAGACUUCAAAAAAUAUUUCACUCGUUUGGAAAUUUGCAAUUUAAAUCCAGACUCGUUGACCGAGGACGACUUGAAUGCCGGAAAGAAAAAAUGGGAGAUGAGCAUUUUUGAAGGAGAAUGGGUUCGCGGUGUAACCGCCGGGGGUUGCAGAAAUUUCUUGGAAACUUUCUGGCACAAUCCACAGUAUAGAAUUACAUUGGAAUAUCCUGAUGAAGGCGAUGACAAGUGUACUGUGAUCGUAGCUCUUAUGCAGAAAAAUCGACGAGCUCAGAGACGAAUGGGUGCCGAUUGUCUCACUAUAGGCUUUGCCAUUUAUCACUUGGAUUAUCCAGACAGAUUACCGAAACCUCUAGACCUAAAUUUCUUCAAGUACAACGCUUCGGUGGCCCGGUCCCCAUCGUUUAUAAACCUUCGAGAAGUGAGUUGUCGUUUCAAGUUACCACCGGGUUCAUAUUGCAUCGUUCCUAGCACGUUUGACCCGAACGAGGAGGGUGAAUUCUUGCUCCGUAUCUUCUCUGAAAAUCAGAACAACAUGGAAGAAAACGACGAAGAAAUUGGAAUCGGUGAAGUCGAUGACAGGGUAAUUAACGAGCACGAUGAUAAGCCGGACGAAAAGGGAGAUGAUGCCAUUCGAGACCAACCCGAGCCCCCACGAAACGAAGAUAAAGUAAGUGAUUUCUUCAGAACACUCGCCGGGGAAGACAUGGAAGUCGACUGGAUGGAAUUGAAGGACAUUCUCGACUACGCCAUGCAAAAUGACCUACCACCAUCAGCUCGACGUAGCGAGGCUCAAAAUCCCGAAACUGCCCAAGAAAAUGGCUCUAUCAUCGACACUCUCAUCUCUCUGCUGUGCGGUAUUGUUUGUAAUAAUGAGCAAUACAAUAAGCCCGUAGAAAUGCACGGACAAGGCUUCAGUCCUGAUAUCUGUCGGAGCAUGGUGGCGAUGAUGGACGUUGAUCAUUCCGGAAAACUCGGGUACGACGAGUUCAGGACCCUGUGGCGAAACAUCAAAAAUUGGAGGGCAGUCUUCAAACUCUACGACAGAGAUGGUUCCGGUCACUUGAGCGCGUUCGAGUUGAGACAAGCGUUAAACAGCGCUGGUUAUCGACUGAACAAUCACAUACUUAAUAUUCUCGUGCACAGAUACGGAACUAAAGACGGUUUGAUCAAGUUCGACGAUUACAUUAUGUGCGCAGUACGCCUGAAAACAAUGAUCGACGUUUUUCGCGAACGUGAUCCCUACAAAACUAACUCAGCAACUUUCACGAUGGAGGAAUGGGUCGAAAAGACAUUAUAUUCGUAAAAACUAGACUUUCAAAUGAAAAAUAGCAAAAAAUUAUGAAAAAAAUCGAGAGAGAAUUUCGAUUCUGGCCUGAACCUGGAAGCUACGGCCCUUUUACUUUAGUUCUUUGGAACAAACAAAAUAUUUAUUCACCAAGUUUUCCAGUGAUCGGUCAAUUUUGUCGUAAAGGCGCCUCAUUUUUUUUUCAAUCUCUUCUUAAAUGCCUUCAGAGUCAGAAAUUCGACGAACUAAGAUUUUUAAUAUGUAUAUUUAUUCAAACGAACGAAAGAGCAUGAUAAGAGAUUUGAAGAGUGAAACUCGAGCGGAAUAGGGGAUUGGCAGUGUUGGGAAAAAGACAGCCAAGCUUUCAUCGUCCGAUGAAAAUGUAUUAUGACAAUGUAAAAAAAAAAAAAAUAAUCAAAGUGAGAAUCAUUGGAGCAGAUAAAGAUACGUUUCCAUCACACAUAUUGACGAAAAAGAAGAAACAGACAUAAUUUAUGGGGCGUUUUGCCUACUCGUGCCUAAUUAAUGCAUUUUUUUCUGUUUUUCGACGUGUAUACAAUUAACGAACAAUAUACAAUAUAGAUUUAUAUUAUUUACAAAAAGAUGAGAAAAUAAAAUCGCCUGUUGGAGCGUAAAAAA